AUGUCCCCGCCGUCGGUGGCGCUCAGGCGCCGGCACGCCCGGUCUCCCUCCCCGGCCGCCGCCUCCUCCUCCUCCUCCUCCUCCGCUGAGAGCGCGGCGGCGGAGUCGGGCGAGCCGGGGCGAGGCGCGGGCUGGGACUCGGGCAGCGACGUCGAGGCGGAGGGGGCGGUCGGACGGCGCGCUAAGCGGCCGGCCCGACGCCGCGGCUCUCCGCCCCUGGUGGACGAGUGGCUGGAGGGCUACCAGGAGGACCGGGCCCGGGGCUUCGUGCAGCUGGUGAACUUCGUGGUGCGCUCCUGCGGCUGCAGAGGCGCCGUGACUCUGGAGACGCUCGGCCGCCUCCAGAACUCCGAGAUCAUCAAAGGCCUGACCGAAGCCUUCGAGGAGGAUUCAGCCGAGUACCCGUUGCUGCUGAACACUCCCACGUGGCGACGUUUCCGGGCAGGAUUCUGUGAGUUCAUAGCGGUGCUCGUGCGCCGUGCCCAGCAUAAUGUUGUUUAUGAUGAAUACUUGAUGGACGGCCUCAUUGCCUUCCUGACUGGCCUCUCUGAUUCUCAAGUGCGCGCGUUCCGUCACACCAGCACCCUGGCAGGUAGGACAGUAGCUGGGGCAAAAGAGGGGCCUCCCUGUGGCUUCCCUGGCGCUUGCGAGUUCCUGUGCUGUGUGGUCCUUUCUUCCAUUCCAGCUAUGAAGCUGAUGACGGCCCUGGUGCACGUGGCAUUGAGUGUAAGCUUGCAGAAAGACAACGCUCAGAGGCAAUAUGAGGCCGAGCGGGCCAAGGGACUCGGCUGCUGGGCCCCGGGGAAGCUGGAAGGGCUGUUGGGGAAACAUAGGGAGUUCCAGGAGAAGCAAGAAGAGCUGGAGACCUUGAUGAAUGCUCUUUUCAAAGGAGUCUUUGUUCACCGCUAUCGGGACCUCAUACCUGAAAUCCGUGCUAUUUGCAUUGGAGAGAUGGGUCAGUGGAUACAGCAUUACACCACUUCCUUCCUAACUGAUGGUUACCUCAAGUACAUUGGCUGGACUCUGCAUGACAAGCAGGGGGAGGUCCGACUCGGUUGCCUACAUGCACUGCAGGGCUUGUACUGCAGCCCAGAGACUGCCUCGCAGAUGGAGCUUUUCACCAGCCGCUUUAAGGAACGGAUUGUGUCCAUGGUUCUGGAUAAAGAGCCCCAAGUGGCAACGGAAGCUGUGAGGCUGCUUACUCUCAUCCUUCAGAAUAUGGACGGCGCACUCACCGAUGCUGACUGUGAAAGGGUUUUCCCACUGGUUUAUGCUUCCAGUCGUCCUGUAGCUGCUGCUGCAGGUGAAUUUUUAUACAGAAAGUUCUUGGCACCCGAGGUGGACACCAGAGCAAAAUCAGGGGACCGCCAAGAGGGCACUCGUGUCUUCCUUCAGUCGCUUUUGGCAUUCUUCAUUGAAGGCGAGUUCCAUGACCACGCCACCUACUUGGUGGAUAGCCUGUGGGACUGUGCGUCUGCCCUGCUGAAGGACUGGCCGGUGCUGACAGGCCUCCUGCUGGAGGAAUGCUCCAUAGAAGCAGGUUUGGGUGACCUGAAGGAGAGCAGCCUCAUCUUGAUCUUGGUGGCCAGCAUGCGGCAAGCCACAGAAGGGCACCCGCCACUCGGCAGGUUCUCUGGAAAGAAGGUGUUUUCUGCUCGGGAACGCAAAGUGCAGUCCGAAGAGCGUUUAAGGCUCACGCAGCAUUUCAUCCCUCUACUGCCGCAACUGUUAGCUAAGUUCUCUGCUGAUGCCGAGAAAGUAGGACCUCUGCUGGAGGCAUUGCGUUAUUUUGACCUAACUCAUUACAGCUCAGGCCGCCUGGAGAAGUACCUAGACUUGCUGCUGAGCCAGCUAAAGGAAGUGGUGGAAAAGCACACCAGCAGUGAAGUGCUGGAGCUGGCUUCUCAGACUCUCCAGCUGCUCUGCCGCACAGAAUUUGCUUUCUACAGCCGUGUGGAUUUUGCUCGUAGCUGCAUUAUGGACUAUCUGGCGGAUAAAUUCCAACAUGAGGCUACUGAACUCCUCCAGUCCUCGUUUUCUGAGAAGGAGGAGGUGUACAGCAUGGCUACCACUUUGAGACGCAUUGCCUUCUUCCACAGUGCCCACGACCUGACUCCCUGGAGGUUCUUUGAGCCCUGCGUCCGUCUCCUGCGCCACCUGCUGAACACCGGCGAGGCCUGCGAGCAGGUGGUGAUUCCUGCCAUGACUUGUGCCCACUUCUCGCUGCUCUGGGAACUGUCCCGCUGCUCAGCUGGGGCCCUCCCUGACCAGCAGCAGCUGCUCAGCCUCAAGGACAAAGUGGCUGCCUUUUGCUCCCUCUGCCAGAGCUGCCUCGUGGACGUGGAGCCCUGUGUCCAGGAGCAGGCCUUUGUGUUGUUGAGUGAUUCGCUCCUGAUCUUCGGUCCACAGCUGACUGACGGGGGCCACCCCGCCCUGCAGGAAUUGGUGUACCACCCGGAGUCUGCUCUGCAGUCGCAGCUGGCUGGCUUUCUAAUGGACCACGUCUUCAACCACAGCCAAGCCCACGAUGAUGAUAGUGAAAGCGGAGAGCUUCAGGUUGAACAGCUGCACCAGCGACGUAAUUUGCUGUCUGGAUUCUGCAAACUGGUUGUCUAUGGAGUGCUGGAACUGAGCGCUGCUUCAGAUGUCUUCAAGUAUUACUCCAAGUUCUACGAUGACUAUGGGGACAUCAUCAAAGAAACCCUGAAUCAGACUCGCCAAAUUGACCGAAUCGAGUGGGCUCACACGCUGCUACUCAGCCUGCAGCAGUUGCUGACCCAGCUCUUCUUGGAAGAGGGACCCAGGGCCACAGACUCAGCUGCCUUCCUGGAGAUCCGGGACUUGGCACGGCGGUUCUCUCUGCUGUUUGGGCUGCACCAGCUGCAGAACCGCCCAGCCCUGGUGGCUUUGCACAAGGAUGGCAUAAAGUUUGCCUUUGAGGAGCCGGCAUCCCCCAGCCACAGUCUGGGUCUCAUCAACCUGCCCUUCUUGGAGCUGCUGAGCGAAUUCUCCCCGAGGCUGUUGCCUCCGGAUAAGGCCCUGCUCCUCACCUACUUGGAGAAGACGAGAGAGGCUCAUUUCCCAGGGAGCAGAGAUGAACCCCGCUGGCCCUCACUCCUGCUCUAUCGGCACUCCCUGAGCCCUCAGCAGGGGGCCGAGGCCCUCCAACCACGCGCUGCCUCCAAGAGGAGACAUUUGAGUGGAUCCUCCGAGCACAGCGGUGGCACCACCAGCCUCACCUCCGGUAGCCGCCUGCAGACCCCCCUGCUGACGUCCACCGCCCUGAGGGCCAAGCGCCAGCUGACGGGGCCCCCCCUGGGAGAGGAGAGCUUAGGCAGCGAAGCCGAGUUUGCGCAGAGGCUGCACCUGAUCGAAGAGCCAGAGGACAGCCAGGAGGGGGAGGUGAGCGGUUCGUGGGGAAAGGUUGCAGUAGGCUUGGCACUCCUUUGGCCGGGUGGAAAAGCAGCUCUGAAGAUGCAUAAGCAACAUGCAACAGAGCAGCUGUGGGGAAAGGAUUCUAAAACUGGCAAGAAAGCCCCGUUCCUUCACACACGUCAACCUGUGGAACUUACGGCCUGCAGGACAUUCUGAUGGCCACCAGUGCGGGCGCAUGUACUUAAAUCUCUCCUUUUCCAAGAGUCACUUUGCUAGGUCAAGGCAGCUGUGCAAGGCCAGAGAGGCUGCUCUCCUGCGCUGGCGGUUGGGGGGGGGGAGUUUGGGUGCUGCCGCCCAGAGCAUUCCCGAGGCCGCCUCAGAGCCUCGGGUUUAGUGGCAGAGAGAGGCUCUUAUUGGUCUCCCUCUUUCCCUGCAGGUUUCCUGAAGCUCUUCUUUCUCCCUUGGGGGAGGGGGGGGAACAUUCCCGGAGAAGGAAGUUUGGGGCAGAUUCCCUGCCAAGUCUCGUUUCCUGUGCCUCGUUUUGCUCCUGCU